UAUUUGCAUCCAGGACUCAUUCCCAGUGCCCAUGUCUGCAUCAAGGUCUUCCAGCCUCAUAUGCAGAUGAUUGCUGGAGCCACCUUGCUGUCCUGGACUCCGCAUGGUUCCCCCCCGGCCAUGACACCCGCUGGCCCGCCGUCCUGCCACCCCACAUUCCAUCAUUGGACCCCACGGGGCACUCUGGAAGCCGUGCUGACCCCCGGCCUGGGAGCCAGGACCCUCUCCAUCCGUGUGUCCUGCUCGCCUUUGUACCCACAGCCCCUCCAGCAGCGGCAGGGCCAAAUACACAUUUGUGGGCUACUGCGCAAGCUCAAGAAGUUAAUCCGGGGAAGAGCUUCAGCAGUACUUGGCACCUGGUGUGCACCUGUUGAAUGUGAGAUCGGACGGUGGAAGCCCCUGGUCCCUUCUCUGCACUCUCUGCUUCCCUUCCUCUUCCUGCCAAGAAGCCAAAUCCAUGUGGUGGUGGGUACAGCGUUGCGGUUGGCUUUCUUCGCCGUCUACCUGAUGCUCCGUGCUGCUGAGAUCCACGAGGUUUUGGGGCAUUCAUCACUCCGCUGUGGAGGGGGGCUUUUUGCAGAGGCUCCAUGGCCCAUGGGGACAAGAUUUCAGUUGCCUUGGUGCCUCUUAGGGCGUGGUCACACGCUGAGAGCAGAGGCCAUGGGGGUUAAUGAGGAAGGAAGCUGGUGGGCCACUGCCCAAUGGGGUGGCUUUUAUAAAGUCCCCUCGUCCUUGCAACAGCAGGAUGUACAAAUUGUGUGGAGGAGCGCAGGGCCAGGAGUCAGGGCCAGAGACCCCAGUCCAGCUGCCCGCUGGCAAGUCCUUGCCCUGCCCGAGCCCUGCUUUCUCCAUCUGCACAAUGGCCGGUGUUGGAGGCACAUGUUCAAGCCCCUUUGGGAGCCUUUCAAACAUACCUCGCCCCAGAGAGCCUUCCCUGAUGCGCCUGGACAAUGUCUGGAAAUAAAGGCUCCCCUGUGCAGCCAGAGUCAAGAACCACAGGCCAGAUGAGUCCGAGGACUUUUCCAACUCCACAGCUAGCCACUGUUUUAUCUGGAAAAAUAAACAGGUUCCCCAAAGAGCUGAUCUUGUCUGGAGAGGGAGAGACAUCAACAAACUUAUUUAUUCAACAAAUAUUUGUCAGCCGUAUCCUGUGUGCAGAGCCCUGGGCUGGGUGCUGGUGGUGGGAAGCCGGAGGUGACAGCUCGUGUUUAUCCAGGGCUUUCUGAGUGCUGAGGGUUCUGCUAAGCACGUCAGGGUAUCGGUUCGUCUCUCCUCCGCAGUGCUGGCAGAGGAGCACUGGUCCCUCCCCAUCACCACCUCCCCGAGGGAGCAUGUCCCUGUCGGAGAGUGGGAAUCCCAUAGAGUUAUAGGCCAGUUCUGCGUGGGCAUAUGGGUGUAACCACCACGUCAGCAGCCUCGG